GCGCUCGCCAGCUCGGGCUCUCUCCAUCUUCCCGUCUCGCUCCCGCUCUCCCCGGGCUCGGCGCGUCCUCCCGGCCAGAUGAUGAACUUCUUGCGGCGCCGGCUCUCGGACAGCAGCUUCAUCGCCAACCUGCCCAAUGGCUAUAUGACCGACCUGCAGCGGCCGGAGCCCCAACAGCCGCCGCCGCCGCCCCCCACCGGCCCCCCGGCCGCUUCCCCGGCCCUGGAGCGGAGGCCGCCGCCCCCCGCCGCCGCGGUCCCGCCGCCGCCGCCCCCGGCCGCCCCCCCGGUGCAGUCGGUGGGCAGCAGCUUCUUCAGUUCCUUGUCCAACGCCGUGAAGCAGACCGCCGCCUCGGCGGGGUUGGUGGACGCCACCGCCGCCGCCGCCCUCAGGAAGUCCAAGCUGCUGCUGGUGAUCGACGAGCCGCACACCGACUGGGCCAAGUGUUUUCGGGGUAAGAAGAUCCAUGGAGAAUAUGACAUCAAAGUGGAACAGGCAGAGUUUUCAGAGCUCAACCUGACGGCCCAUGCGGACGGCACCUACACCGUUGACAUGCAGGUCCUCCGGAACAACAUCAAGGUCGUUCGCUCAUUCAGGCCUGAUUUUGUGCUGGUGAGGCAACAUUCCUUUGGCAUGGCAGAGAAUGAAGACUACCGCAGCCUGGUCAUUGGCAUGCACUAUGCCGGCAUUCCCAGUGUCAACUCCCUGGAGGCUAUCUACAACUUCUGUGACAAGCCCUGGGUGUUUGCCCAACUGGUGUCCAUCUACAAGACACUGGGGGCUGAGAAGUUCCCGCUCAUCGAGCAGACGUUUUAUCCCAAUCACAAGGAAAUGCUGACUCUGCCAACCUUCCCUGUUGUGGUGAAGAUCGGGCACGCGCAUUCGGGCAUGGGGAAGGUGAAGGUGGACAACCACUAUGACUUCCAGGAUAUCGCCAGCGUGGUGGCCCUGACGCAGACCUACGCCACCACCGAGCCUUUCGUGGAUUCCAAGUAUGACGUCCGCAUCCAGAAGAUAGGGAACAACUACAAGGCUUACAUGAGGACUUCCAUCUCGGGAAAUUGGAAGACCAAUACCGGAUCAGCAAUGCUGGAACAGAUUGCGAUGUCUGAUAGAUACAAGCUGUGGGUGGAUGUGUGCUCAGAAAUGUUUGGAGGCUUGGACAUCUGUGCAGUCAAAGCCGUGCAUGGCAAGGAUGGCAAGGACUAUAUCUUUGAGGUCAUGGACUGUGCGAUGCCUUUGAUUGGGGAGCACCAAGCGGAGGACCGGCAGCUCAUCACAGAGCUGGUGGUGGGCAGAAUGAACCAAGUGCUGUCCAAGACCCCGGUCCCAUCCCCUCAGAGACCCACAGCCACUCAGCAACCUCAGAGUGGCACGUCCAAGGCCCUGGAGUCCAGCAAGAUCCCUCCUCAGCGACCACCUCCCCAAGGUUGUUUACAGUAUAUUCUUGACUGUAACGGUGCAGCAGCAGGGCCAAAACCAGUCCAGGCUUCCUAAUUCAUUGAUAUUUCACUCACUCACUCAAUCACUCACUCACUCACUCGCAGAGCAGACGUUUUAAAGCCAAAAAAACAAAAGAAAAAGAAUGAGAGGAGGAAAAGGAAAGCGGGGGGAGGGGAGAAGGGUGGGGGGGUGAAGCAAAGCUACCAGUUUCUGUGGCGUUUCUGCAUUGUUUCCGUGCUGACUGGACUGUGUUUUUCCUCUGCUGCAGUGUCAGCUCUUCUGUCUGGUUGUUUACCUGUUCAUGUCCGUGCUUGUAAUGCUUCUUUCCGUUUCUCUAACUUGGGACUGACAGAGGGAGGUCUCCUCUUGGGAGGCCCUCGUGACUGGGGCAUAGGAAGGGGGUUAGCCCAUGGUGGGCUGAAAGAAGAGAAAAGCUCGACCCUUCCCCUCCACCCCCCCUCACCCCCCGGCUCCAAUCCACCCAAGCCCCUCAGGCCCUGUGACUGGACUCCAUCCAGAAGCAUGGGGGAGACUGGCCCCUCAGGCAUGCCCUGUGGCUUAUGGUGUGCAUGGCUGGUGUAGACAGGUGGCUUCAAGCUAUUUCCCGGGCUGUUCAUUGCAUUCCCUGGUCUCGUUUGUUCCCCAUAUUGCACCCAGUGUGCGUUAGCACCUGAGGUCCUCUAGCGUCAAGACCAGCUAGGCCAUCAGGUUUCUUAGGUUUCCAGCAAAUCUGUCAGAAACCAGGAAGAAGCUGUUUUCAGGAAUGUUCCAUGUUCUGAAUGUCCACGUUUUGUAUCAGAAAUUCAACUAAGGAGCUGCCACUGAAAUUGGGUUUUUCGUGGCCCUCCAUUUUUGUUGACAUCACUCAGAGUUGGCCCUGGUCUGUGGGGCUCCGGUUCCCAACCUCCUCAGGAGGUAACUCAGAGCUGGGGGCCCCGAUGAGGGGGAUUUCUCCAGCCCUGAGUGCAGUUGCUGCACCAGCAUAAGAAACUCACCCAGAGCCCCUGGAUUUCCCUGAGACUGUGGCCUGGCCCCCUUCAGUCUCUUGUCUCGGUUCUCAACUUUUCCAGGUUUCUUGGCCAGGAAUGUCGUGUGUGUGUGUGUGUGUGUGUGUGUGUGUGUGUGUGUGUGUGUGUGUGUGUCUGGCAGCACAUAGUCCAGGGUGCCCUCCUACCACCCUCCUACUUGUAAAUAUCCCAGCCAGAAGCCCUGUCUGCCGAAUAGCCAUAGCAAUGUCAGUGACUUCUGCCAAUCGAUCUGCUUCCCCAGCAAGAGCCAUAUCCAGAUGGGAUAACUGAGCUGUUGGGGAAAGUCCUGGCCACUUGCCAGCCAGGCUUUCCUGGAUGAGGCUCUGGAGGCUGAGACGGUAGGGAGGUCAAGGCGGGUGGGAGGGUGAGAGGCACAGGGGUGGACCUGGUGCCUUGGGAUAGAUAUUGGAAGGGGACACUGAAGUCAACCCCACUUUGUUUUCCUGGGAUCCACUCCAUUCUUGUCCCUCCCAGCCCUGCAGAUUCCAUUACCCCUCAGUCUGGGAUUCUCAAGUCCGAGCGGGAAGCUGGGAUUUUCAAUCCACAUUAGCGAUUUCAGUGUCCAAGGGUGACCGUGCCACUGUUUCCUGUUUGUGUCACUGAAUGCUGAACCCACAGAAACCUCUCCCAGGCUCAAUGCGUUUUGGGCAAUGACCCCUCUCGCUUGGAUGGUGAUUCCACUGUGGCUCUGCCUAUGAUCCCAUUCUCUAGGUCGCACAACGUGAGAGGAGAAGGAAAGUCACCCAGAAGGACAAAAGAAGUCUACCAAUUUAUUUUGUAUUCCAUCCAGGUGGUGGUGGUGGCAGCAGCAGCAGUGGUAGUGGUAGUGGGUGCUUUUCUGCAUGUUCUUGGUGUGAAUAUUCACAGGUGCUUUCCUCGUGACAUUUGUAAGCUGUAUGUGCAACGUGUAAAGGUGAGAUUUGAACCUAGGCAGGGGACAGAAGACCUCGAGGAGGAAAAGUCUCUCAGCUGUUAUCACACACCCAGGAAAGAAGAAGCAAAAGUCCCAAUGUGUUUGCAUGUCAGUGUGUUGAGGGGGCCGCCCUGGGGCCAGUGGUGGGGAGGGAGGACUGGGAGGGGUUGUGGGAGGUGGGGGGGGCCCACACAGGGCAGGGUUGAUGUUCAGGUGUUUUGUAGAAGUUUCUUUCCUGACUGUUGACUUUUUUUGUACCAAUCCAGCCAUGGGAACACAAGCAAAUGCUGGAACUGUGACUGCAGUAUUACUUUUCUGUGAAAUAUCUUGUACAGCUUAAUGUGCAAUAAAAGAAAAAUUACAUCUGUCA